UCAAAAUAAACUUGUAUUCGAUAUUAGCUAUUUUGUCGUCAUAUAUAAUUAUUAUAUGAUUUACAUGUCGUUGUCAUACAAAGUGGGGGAACAUUCAUGAUUAAGUCAUCCCGUAUCGAGGAUAUCAAUGCGUAAACAAUGUACGUGAUAAAUACAAUAUGAGUGGCGUAAAGAAGAAAGCUAAUCAUUUAGCAGUGUUUAAAAAACGAACGAAGAAUGACGAUAAUGCUGAACUGUCUGAAAUUAUUAUUAUAUCCGCGAGAAAGAGUGGAAACUUAAACCUCUCAUCGAGAGGACUAUUUACGGUACCUAAUAGAGUAUGGAAUAUAAAUGAUUUAACUGAAGAAGAAAUAAGGGAUUUACAUUUCGAGCUUGAUUAUGUACAAGAAACUGAAAGGUGGUGGGAACAGGAACCUCUCCAGACAUUGGACUUAAGUUGUAAUACUUUAAAGAAAAUUGAUCCACAAAUAGAAAAUUUAACAGAGUUAACUACAUUAAAUCUGCACAAUAAUCAGUUGGAAGAUUUGCCUGCUGAAAUAGGAAAUUUAAAAAAGUUAAACAUACUAAAUUUAUCCAAUAAUAAAUUAGAAAAAUUUCCACAUGAAUUUUAUAAGCUAAAUGAAUUACAUGAAUUAAAUUUAAAAAAUAAUAGUAUAAAGGAGCUUGAUCCAGCAGUUGGAGACUUUGUAAUGUUGACCUACCUGGAUUUAUCAUAUAAUAACUUGAUCGAGUUACCAAUUGGGAUGGGAUAUUUAGUACGACUAACUUCCUUGGAUUUAGGUCAUAAUAUGUUAAAGGAAUUGCCACCUGAUUUAACAAAUAUGAGAGCAUUACAAAAGUUAAAUGCAAGUUAUAAUCAGUUGGAAAUGUUGCCACCUCUGGGUGAAUUAAGGAAGGUAGAAACAGUGAUGUUGCAAUCAAACAAAUUAACAACAUUUCCUGAUAUAUCUGGUUGUAUACUAUUAAGAGUACUACACUUGGCUGAUAAUAACAUUACUGAGAUUGAUAUGUCUUGUUUAGAAGGUGUAGGACAAUUAAAAACAUUAACAUUAGGAAAUAAUCAAAUUGAAACAAUACCAGAAGAAAUAAUAAAACUGGUGUACCUAGAAAUUUUUGAUUUAUCACACAACAAACUAACUCUAAUACCAAAAUACAUUGGCCUACUGCCUAAUUUAAAACAAUUUGUGAUUGACGGAAAUGAUAUACAGAAUGUUAGAACCGACAUAAUACGAUGUGGUACAUCUCGAAUUUUAAAACAUAUACGACAGGGUAUUAAAAGUACAAACUUGGAUGUGAAAGAGCACGUAGUAGCAGAUACUAGCGCAAAUAUUUAUCCAGAUAGGUAUACAAUGCAGAGUACAAAAUUGCUCAGUUUGGCUGGACAAAAUCUUACUGAAUUACCUCUAGAAGUUCUUGAAAAUGCAUGCAAAGCCGAUGUAGGUACAGUGGAUUUAAGUAGGAAUAAGCUGUCUAUCUUACCUGAUGAAUUAUGCAUAAUUGAAAGAAUUGCCGAUUUAAAACUGACAUCUAAUCAACUAACACAUAUACCAGAAUGGAUUGGUGAAAAAUAUAAGUAUCUACAGAUUUUGGAUUUAAGCAGAAAUCUUUUACAAUCACUUCCCAUCAAUCUUGGCUUGCUUAAAUAUUUACAAGAACUUAAUAUCUCAUUUAACAGGUAUAAAGAAAUACCAGAAUCUGUUUAUGCUAUAAAUUCUUUAGAGAUAUUAAUAGCGAAUGACAAUUUAAUUACUGAUAUCGAUGUACCAUCUUUUCAAAAAUUGCAAAAACUUGCGAUAUUAAAUCUCGCUAAUAACAACAUUGGAUUCGUACCACCAGAGCUAGGCACUUUGAAGAACUUAAGGAAUCUAUCUUUAUCUGGAAAUUGUUUUAAACAACCUAGACAAGCAAUUUUAGCAAAGUCUACAGAAGAAAUCCUAGCAUAUCUUAGAAACAGAAUACCUCAGUGAAAUUAAUAAAUUAUUACAGAAAAUUUGAACUAAAAGAAGAAUAUGAAGACAGGGACAAGGAUACAAAUGAACAUGUGUCAACAAAGUUAUAUGCCAACUACAUAAUGUUAUUGUAAUAAUAAAUUCUUAGAUAAAUUAUCUAAAAUAAAUUAAUUGAUCUUA